GGAGACAAACACCUACAUUUUAUAAGAAAUAAAAAUGACUGAAUUUUGGGUCUUUUGCUUGAUCUUCUGCAGCAUGUGUAUAAUCCUACCUGGUAGACACUGGGUUUCUGCACAAUCCCUCACAGAAUCAUCAGUUUAUCAGCCUGAUGAAGAGCUCAGUGUGGAUAUCAGAGACCCGGCUACUCUGUAUUGUUGUGUUUCUGAAGAACUAAAUAACAUUAUUUCUUGGUUUAAGCAAUUAAGAGGAAAAGAACCUCAGAUUAUUGUCAGAGUAUUUAAAAAUGGUGGAGAAAUAUUUUACAAUAAUUUCCAAAAAUCUCGAUUCAAAAUAGAAAGACAUGACAACUGUGUCAAUAUGACCAUUUUAACAACUGUUCAGUCUGAUGAAGCCACGUACUACUGCGCAACCAGAUCCCCGUAUACUGUGUUUGGAGAUGGAACUUAUUUAAAUAUUGAAGAUGAGCGUGCUAUCACUCCAUCAGAAACAUCUAAACCAGCUCUUUAUAAUAAUUCAGUGGUGUGUGAAUCAAUGCCGCAUGGAAACAGCACUAACGUGAACACACAGGAGAAAACAGUGCUUAUUUUGGGAACGGCUUUGGGCUUGUGUGCACUUGUGAUAUUUUCUCUCACUUAUUUCAUACUGAGGAAAAGAAAAAAUUAUAAAACGAAUGCUGCAAUUAGAGAUUCUCCAAGAACCAGGCGGGAAAAUGGAACUGAAACCAUGAACUAUGCAGCUUUGCAGUUCUCCAAGAGAAAAUCAAAAGAUGAAAGAAUAAAAUCCUCCUCCUUAGAGGAGUGUGUGUACUCUGAUGUACAGUACAAUAUAACACAUAAUUUAUAGCACAUUGUCCCGCUACACUGGAACAUAAGUAAAAAAUAAAUGUGUAUUAACCCUUAAAAUCCAGAUCAAGUUUAGCAUGUUUUUGUUUUGUUUUUUUUGCCUCACUAUAAGUGCACAGGUUAGUACAACCUUUUUUAAUUCAAUGUAUUUUUGUGUAACAAAAAGAAAAAAUCAAAU